GUGUUUUACUCUUAACUUAACCUCUAAACUUUACUUUCAAUCUGAAGGCAUCUAUUAUUCGAAAGGUUAAAACAUGGAUCUUCGAGAACCAAAAAGAAAAAGAACAAAAUUAAAACCACAAUUGCCAUUUCCCAUUCUAUUAAAUGAAACACAAGAAUGGCCAAUGUAUACUGCACAUCUCACAGAUAUAGGAUCUUGUAUAAUUGAACCUGAAGAGAUGACAGCAGUACAUUCUAUGGGAUUUUUUGGUAAAGGAUCGUUAUCCCGUAGUUAUCCAUCAUUUGGCAAAGCAAGAUACGGAGCACCGCCAGUUGUUCGGAACAGACAGUGGCUUUGCAGACAAAAAUGGCUUAAAGAAGUCCAAGAAUUAAAUUCUACUGAAUACAAAGAUGAUAAAGCAAUUGCUCAAUACGAGGAAAGAAAUAUCCCAGAUGAAGAGAAUAUUGGCGACAUCAUUGAAAUUCCAUCAAAUUCUAUUGAAAACGGAAGCAAGCAGAGAAAUGAGGUAGACACAAAAAACACAGAGAUCGAUGAAGUUACUCUAGAUUCUGCAGAAGAGGAUGACAUAUGUGUCAUUGUUAAUAGAGACUCGAUUCAAUGUGAUAAUGCUGAAAGCUCAUCAAGCACUCAUGAUAAGAACAACUUAGAAGACAGAUUGGAGGAGGAAGAUCACUGGAAAUUGUAUAACGAUUUUAAAAACGAUUGCAUGAACGAGGAUGACAAUCAACAUGGAAAAUUAUUAGUGUUGCCAGAUAGCGACUCAGACACUGAGAAUUAUUUAAAAAAUAUUAAACCAAGAAUCGAGAACGAAGGUUUUCCUAUUCGAGAAGCUCUACAUCUCACCUUCGAAGAGACCUUUUUUCUCCUUUUUGGAUUAGGUUGCUUGCAACUGAUUCACUUCGACGGUAGUCUGCUAGACAUCAACAGCGCAUGGUUGUACUUUUGCAAAGAGAAACCAGAUUUUAUACAGAAAUAUGUAGUUUAUCAUUAUUAUAGGAGCAAAGGUUGGGUUGUCAAGCCUGGCUUAAAAUAUGGUGGUGAUUUCUUGCUUUAUAAGGAGGGACCACCAUUUUAUCACGCUUCUUAUAUCGUUAUGAUAGAAGUAGCAGAUGCAGACUCUUUAGUUAUAGAUUCUACUAUGUCCUCGCGAUCCAUAACGUGGAAUAAUUUGUUUGGAUUUGAAAGACUAUCCGAAACUGCUGCUAAGGAAAUACUUUUCGCUCAAGUUUUAUGGCCGUCGUCAGUAUCUCGAGAUAUCAACAUGACUAGUCCCGAAAUACUUUCCGAAUUCACAGUGAGAGAAUUACUUUGGCGUAGAUGGAAUCCGAAACAGCAUCGAGAAGACAUUCCCAUCGAAGAAGAAGACGAGGAUUCGUACUAAAAGAUUUUUAAAUUAUUUACA